AUGGCCAUCAUGUCAACAAUGGCAAUUGGCACAAGCUUUGUGAUUACGAAAAAGGGCUUGUUACAUGCCUCGGAGCGACACGGUUUCGAGGGUGAAGGAUUCUCAUAUCUGAAGAGCCCAAUUUGGUGGGCAGGCGUAAUUACACUGGGAAUUGGCGAAGUUGCCAACUUCGCCGCGUAUGCCUUUGCGCCCGCGAUUCUCGUUACGCCUCUCGGUGCACUGAGUGUGCUGAUCGGCGCGGUCCUCGGUUCAUAUUUCCUUGACGAGCGGUUAGGUACAUUGGGUAAAUUGGGUUGCGCCAUGUGCCUCCUCGGAUCAGUCGUCAUCGUCCUCCACGCGCCCCCUGACAAGCCGGUGGACAGAAUCGAUGUUCUUCUGGGUUAUGCCGUGAAAGCGCCUUUCCUAUUGUACUGUUUGUUCGUGGCCACCUUCUCAACGGUGAUGAUUUAUCGGGUUGCGCCGGUAUAUGGCAAGAAGAAUCCGCUCGUUUUCAUCUCGAUUUGCUCUACAGUUGGCUCGGUUUCGGUUAUGUCCGUCAAGGCCUUCGGUAUUGCCGUCAAGCUCACUUUCCUGGGCAACAACCAAUUUGUCCAUGCGUCAACCUAUGUAUUCGCCAUUGUGACUGGCUUCUGCAUUCUUACACAGAUGAACUACUUCAACAAAGCAUUGAACUCAUUUUCGACCUCAAUUGUGAACCCCCUCUACUAUGUUACUUUCACGACCUUCACGCUUUGCGCCUCCUUCAUUCUCUUCCAGGGAUUCAACACUACCGAUGCAGUCAACACCAUUUCCCUGCUCUGCGGAUUCCUCAUUAUAUUUACCGGUGUCUACCUACUUAACCUGUCCCGACACGACCCUGAUGGAACAAAACUGGUUAAUUCCAGGUUCGAUGACGAUGGUGUGCCAACAGAUGGCAUCGCCAGCUUCCAGACCCGGCGCUCCAUGCAGUCCCGCCGAAGCUCCUCCAGCGCCUACCUGAAUGGUCACAGCGAUCGCGAAGGCCUCAUCCAUUCUUACGACGUCGAGAAUAAUUCAGGAAUCGGGUUGCAUCAGCUAGGAGAAGAUAGCGACGGAGAGCCCGGGCCAACAUUCUCCAACAAUGAACCCCACCGUACGGCUAUCCACACCAAGCAGAACAGUCAGAUCUGA